UUGGUUUCAACACAAGCUCACGCUUGGACAUCUUCAGGUCUUCAAAGUCUGAAGAAAACUUCAAGAUGACGCUGUGGCUCUUGUGUCAGCUGUGUGGCAGUCCCAUCACCUUCCUCCUGGGACUGGGAACGUCUGUGCUCCUCACUUACCUCCUCUUCAAAGUUAUUGAGUCGAGAUGGAAGCAAAGAAAUCUGAGCAACCUCCAGAUACUGAUGGAAAUAAUGCACUUCUCGACAAAGGGAGAGAACAGCUGGAUGGACAUCAUGUGCUUCAUUUGGAAAGGAGGAGAGGCCAGCGACACCACUCGAAGAAUCAGAGACGCUGGGACUGGGGCUUCCCCUCCCACUGUGAAUGGAGCUCGGGGACACACGGUCUCCUUACCUCCCGGGAUCCCAGUCGGACCAGACGUUACUGAGGUUGAGUGGAGCCGGACAUCACCCAGAACCAGGAUAGUGAUAAGUUCAAAUGCGACCACUAAAUACUUCGGUGCUGAGGAGUACAAGAGACGGGUAACUCUUCAUCCCGGGAACUUCAGUCUGGAAAUCCGUGAUCUACGGAGAGAGGACGCUGGUGAUUAUGAGGUGACUGUUACAGCGAGUUCAGGAGCACAGACUCUGGUGACAGUCCGACUGGAGGUGUCCGAUGCGAUGGGGGCUUCUGUUCGCACUGUGAAUGGUUUUCGGGGACACUCGGUCUCCUUAUGUCCGCGGAUCAUGGACUCUUCUGAAAUUUAUGAGGUUUUGUGGAGACGACUAUCACCUCAAACCAGGAUAGCAAGUCACUUGGGGAAGUCUACAACGUAUUUUGGUCCUGAGGGGUACCAGCAACGGGUAACUCUUUAUCCUGGGGACUUCAGUCUGGAAAUCCGUGAUCUGCAGACAGAGGACACUGGUGAUUAUGAGAUGACGGUUACAGCAAAUUCAGGAGCUGAAACUACAGAGAGAGUGCGACUGGAGGUGUCCGAGCCCGGACUGUGGAGAACUGGACGCGCCAAACUCUCUGAAGCCUUUCGUGCUGUCAAGCGCUUUGUGAAAAAUCUUUUCAGCUUCUGGAGAUAGAGAGCAGGAGGAACGGUGGGGACAUCACAAGAUCGCAAGACAAGGGAGCAGAAGUAGGCCAUUCAGCCCAUCGAAUCUGAUCCAAAGAAAAGGAAAAAAGAAAAAGAAAUGAGAAAUUGAGGGG